AGUCCUCUGCCAGCCAUACCGACAACUGGCUGCAAUGCGAACGGUUGUUUUGGUGAAUGUCUAAAUGCCUCUGAUAUCGCUACUCAGUGGAGUGUUGACGAUGUAUAAGUGCUAUUUAUUCAAGAUAUUAAAUUUUGUGCUUUGUGUUUUCCAGAAAAUAGCCCGUCGUGUGUUCUCUCAAGUCCGGAAGCUUAGCUCGACUUUGUCUCGGAAGACAUUGAGGAAUCUCGGGAAAACAGCCUAUUUCUCUCGUAACCAGACAUCACAUUUAGGCCCUGUUCACAUGAUCCAGGAAUAAACAACUGCCCCGCAACAAGUCAUUGACCCGGGGUACUGAUAUCUUCUGUUUACAUGAACAAAACUAUAGCGCGGGUCAUGCCUAUAAAUAAAUUACGCGGGAAUCAUAAAAUAUUCCCGUCAACGUGAAACGGUGAAAUAUUGCUAAAUAAAAAAACAUUCUGAUAAACGCAAGUCGUAUUUUAUGUUAUGAUAUUUACAAAUAGAACGUAGUUGAUUAUCAGUCGUAGUAAAAUGUGCUCAAUUCAUUGUUUCUGAUUGACCAGAUCAAAUUUUUUGAGUAGCAUGCUACACUUCUUGGUUUCAAACAUGAUAUUAGCGACAAUUUUAUUUUAAUAUUAUUAGAAUCAUCACUUAUAGAUUUCUAAUGGUAUCUUCAAUCAAAUAACAAGUUUUUGUGGAGUCCAACGUGCUCUAAAUGUAAUUUUAGCCGCGAUUUUGAUCGUUUUACAAAAAAAUGUAAUUAUCCCGGGACAAAGUUGCCACGGGGCAAAGUGUUCACAUGAGGAAAAGUUGUCCCGGCUAGGCGAGUGUCCAUGUCUACAGAGGCGAGGCACUCGGGUCAAUUCUUGUCCCGGGGCAAGUAAAAUAUCAUGUGAACAGCACUAUUCUUUUAUUAAGGAGCCGAGACAAUUUUUGUCCCGCGACAAUUGCUUGCCCCGAGACAUAACGCUGUCCCGGGUUCAUGUGAACAGGGCCUAAGUUACAUUGCACCCCAAUGCGCCCUACUAUAUUAUUUUUUCUUUCUCCACUGACAGAUAAUUUUACUCGUCAAGAGGAAAGCGCCAGCGCUCAAAGGGUUAAUUCAUACGCGCUCCACUCGCGUGCCAAACGUAAUUCAAUACGUUUGAAUCAGCCAACUUGUCACGUUUACUUACUUGUUUUGAAUUUUUUUAUCUUCUCGCAUGAUGAGUUUUUAAGACCAUCUUAUAUGCAUGCUUGACUGUUAUAAAAAGGAAUGCCAUAUAUAAUGGACUUAGUGCUUAAUGACGUCACACGCCAUGAUGCACGCGGUGAAUUCUCGUCUUCACGGGGGAAAAUUGAAAACAAUUCAACAUGGAGUAAAGAGUGUGCUGCUGUUCGUUGUCGUAUUUUGGAGGCUGUUCAAGCUAAUGAAGACCCCAGUUCUUUUCAGCACUCUUGCGGGGGUCUUCAGGCAGAGGUGUGACAGCCCUGAAAGUAUAGCGGCUACAGUCGUCCGUUUUCAAUUUUCAUCGACCAAUAGUGAUGAUCUUAUAUGUGCUUUCGUGGUUGUUUUACCAAGAAUAAAAAAAAUCCCGAACUUUAUAUAUAAUUCCGUUAUAAAUAAAAGAGUUAUAUUCUGAAAUUCCGAAAUGGCUAACCAUGUUCCCUGGCCUGUGGGUGAACUGGAAUUUAGAGUUAUUUCAUUAUUUAGAGUCAUUUUAUCAAAGAGAUUAUCCCGGCAUCGUUACCUGACAUCCAGAAAGUAGCAGAGCUUAAAUUUCCUUCAUUGGCUGUCAUUACCAAAAGAAUUGUUCAUAUUGAAAAAGUGGAAUUGGUAUGAGAAAAUUCAGUGAAUGAUAUUAUUAAAUAACAAAUGUUCUCGUCCGGGUAAUUAAUUGAGUUUCUAAAAGGUACUACAGUUUCCAGUAGAGUAGAUAUAUUUGUAUUACAUUUUCCUACCGUAAGUGAAAAGUACAUAUUGCUAUAUCCUGAGAAAUAAUUCAUUGAAUUUAAGAGCAUAAUCUCACUUUCAAAUUUACAGAAACUUCUACUUUGUACAUAUGCAUUCUGAAAAGGUAUACUGCAAGCUAAAUUUUUGUUUGAAAAUCUGUACCUGUUACUGAACAACGGCAUUUCUUUUAAGAUCACAGAAGUUGGUGACAUGGGGAACUUAGAAGAGUUCAUUGGCGCGUUUGGAUGUACAGUAGAGAUUGGCAUAAGAUAUCUUUCAGAAAUUGGUGAGGCUAUAUCAUUUUUACACCAAAGAAGAUUUAUACAUCGAAAUUUGCGAGCUGCAUCUGUCUUUAUUUACACGAAUGGAAAUGUAAGUGAAGUCUUCAAAUUUGUCUUGCUAAAACUCUCACUAGAAGGUUUUUUUCAACUGGGUCGUAGACAACGGGUGUGAGAAGGGGGGCGGGGGUGGUUCAUGCAGCCGCCAAUAAUUUGUCAACUAGCGAUAAUCUGUAAAGUUUGAGAGGGAAAAAAUGACGUAAUAAUCGCCACUGACUAAUCAGCCCCCUCCAAUACAAAGUUUCUUCCAACGGCACUACGGUAAUGUUCAAAAUGUUAUUAUAUUCGCAACGUUUGGGGGAGUUUACUGUCUCUAUUGCGAAUAUAAUAAAGUAUUGAAAAAAUGACCUCCCGUAUAAUCCUACAGAAUUGAAGAUUAGAAAUAAACUAUAUUAAGAAAUCUUUAAAUGUUGCCAGCUUUCAAAAUUGCACAAACGCGGUUAAAAGUGUGGGUGCACUGUUUUUAUCACAGGUUGAUUAUGAUGAGAAUAUGAUCACGUCUUUAACAGUUAAAAUAUUACUUAAUCUUGUGUUAUUCGGUGUCAGAAGAAAUUAAGCCACCUUCCCAUUAGAGCAAAUUUAUUAUAUAUUUUAAUUUCCCAAGAGGGAUGAAUUUCCAUGGUGGUGCCAUCUGUUGCAAAGCUGGCAAUAUUCAAACAUCAUUGAAUAUCCCUCGCGAUGACGUCAUCAGUACUAUAAAAGACUAAACUAAUUAGGUAAAGGUGCCAGUUGGCAACAGGACGCCUCAUUAGGGACGAAUCAUCCCACCCUCUCACCCAUGGCUCUCCUGCUGGCUUGUUGGCACCAACGCUACUCUUAAUUCUGUCGUUAGUUCGACAAGAUAUACACAUACCUUAAUGCUAAUAGUUGACCUGCCCCGUAGCACGAGAACGAACGAAUAUUCAGGUAUGUAAAUGUGUUUUGAGCAAAAUCUGAAAUCUGAUUGGAUUGCAUAAUUAAUCACGUACGCAUCGGACGAGUAAAGACGGAGAGGAACCAAUAUGUAAUUAAAUAAACAAGAAUAUAAACAAGAGUUAAUUUGCAUGAUCAUGAGUCAUGACAUUUUUUACAAAUUGAAAAGCCCGAAGGGAAUCAAGAUAUAAAGUUAAGUCAAGACAUACAUGCAGCUAUUUAUACUAAAACUAGAAAUACAUGCAUGCAGCAACCACUCGCAUGUGUUUUCCAAACAUUGAUUUAAUAUGAAGUAUUAGUAAUUGAUCAACACUGAACGCAGGCUCGCGUUUCCGUCAGUGUUGCCAUGGUAACGCGAUAAAUUUAAUUUUUAUUAUAUUUUUUGUACAAUACGCCAAAAAUAGUUGAAAGAUUAUUGCUUUUAACUAUAUGACAAUGAAUUUACGAUGUAUGUACUGUAGGUAUGUUGUUCUGCAUUUUGCGAGCUUUGAUUUAAUGUAAAAUUUAAACUGAAUCGCUUCGUAAAUGUCUUGAAAUAUUCAGUUUGAUAUUAAUUUAUUUGCAUGACCUAAUUACAGGUAUUGCUAUACGCGUAUAUAAAAUUAAAAGUUAACUAGUAUAAAAGACUACUUAACUAACGAAAAACAACAAUAUACUGCUAUAUUUACAUGUGUAACAUUAGAUGUAAAAGAGUAUAUAUAAAAUAGGAAAGAUAUAUGAUAUAUAGAGAUUUCUUCAUGUGAAGUGCUGACGUAUGGUAUUUACGCACGCGUUAAUUUGUUUUCGCAAAACUAACGAGCGAGUGAUCGAGUUUUGCGAAAACAAAUUAACAAGCGCGUAAAUACCAUACAAAAGCACUUCCCAUGAACAAAUUUGUUUAUUUUAUAGAUACAUAGAGGUUUUCUAUUCAAAACGGUCUUAAAAUGGCACUUUAUUUUAUCAUUUAUAGCGUUAUCAUGCAAACAUUUUACAAACUUUAGAAUAUAUUAUCAAGCAAACUUGUAAUUUUAAACAAGAAUCGGUUUUUUUUUCAUAACAGGAAACAAACUUUUAGAACUUUUACUAGAUUUCAAAAUAAAGGAAGUAGUUAACAGUAUUUAAUAUAUAUAUAAUUUUUUAAUCUAUGAACAAAGGAGGACUAUAUCUUCGCCCGACGAGUCAAGUAUUUUAAUACGUUUAAACGAAUGCCGUUUUGUUGUCGAUAUACUGUUGUGGGAGACUUGUUGACGGUAUUAAUAUUAAUAUUGAAGUGACCUCCGUUAAUCACAGUUCCACUGAAGAGGCCUGUAGCUGUAGCUGCAGGUGUUUGGAUUACUUGAUGAUGGUAAUCCUGAGAAUGAAUGAUAACUGCUGCACGACAUUGUUUCACCUUGAGCUAAGGCUCGUUUGUUGUUUUGGCUCGUACACUCAAGAACUACAGGUUUUGUCGAGGAUGAGCCACUCAAAAUUCUGGACAUGGUUUUCAGCUGUUGUUCAGAGCGUGGCUGUAGUUUUUGAUGCUUUGAAUGUUUUUGUGACCCGAUAGCUGCAUAUAUGAGUAGGAGGAAUGUCGUUGUCGUUUAGUUUUUGGACCAUUCUUUUGCUAGCAUUGUGGUUGGUAAGUCGCUGACAGUCGAGUCCUGCUUUCGUUGCCAUGUUCGAUUUAUGUCCAAUACCUUCGACCUUGUUCGAAACGUGAAUCGUAAGGGCGAUCGUUAGAUUCGUGAGUAGAUAGCAUAUGACUUGUCCUGUGGCUUGUUGUGGAUAUGUUUAAGACUAUAAGUCAGGUUCAUAUGGUAUCAAUCUAGGUGAAUGUCUUCGUAGAUUCGUACGAUUCGUAUACGAAUCGUUCGAACCGUUCGAUCGUGAUUGGUCCCAGAUUUGUUCGAAUGGUCAGAUUCGUGAGGUUCAUAGUAUCAAAUGGGUUCGUAGUUCGCUCAAAGUGAAUGUCUUCGUAGAUUCAUACGAAUCGUACGAACCGUUCGAUUCGUGAAUGCAUUCAGAAUCGUUCGAAUGGCUACAUUCGUGAGGUUCAUAGUAUCAAUGUAGGUACAGCUUACCGUGUAAACCUGGGCAUAUAUAGGCAUAUUGAAUUCCCCGGCACAUAAAGUCACGCAAGUUAAACGACAAUUAGAAACAAACAUGACAGUGUCAGUGCAUGAUAUACAGUACUUAGAAUAUUAAAUUGAAAUGUAAUUUAGUAACUGUAGAGUAUAGUCUUAAUAACUUCAGCGUUUCGAGCUUUGAAGAAAGGCCGGGGUAAACUAACACAUAUAUACUUCUUCGCGUUGUGUAAUUGAAUGAAUCGUGUUGAGUAAAGAAGAAGGGAAACGUAUUAAGUCUCACUCUCACAAACCAAGUUAAAUUUGGAAGAACCAGAAGAUUUAUACACCUCUACACACAGUACGCGUGUUUCAUACAUAUUGUUAGAUCCACUGAUCUAUACGUUGUUAUUCUAAAGAACGAGAGAAACACACUAGGGGCCUAGAUUAACUAUCGUUUCUCACACGAAUUAGCACAUUGCGAAUACAAUCUUGCUACGGAAAGAUGAUGCAAAAGAUCUAGGCGUUUUUCAUGUACAUUGUUAGACACAUUUCUGUUAGUCUAAAGAACGAGUGAAACACAUAGAUUAACUAUCGUCUCUCUCACGAAGCACAUAUUCCGAAUACAAUCAUGUUGCACAAAGCACGCAAAUUAUUUUAAAGAACGACGGAAAGAUUAUGUGAAAGAUCUAGGAGUUUUUCAUGUACAUUGUUAGACAUAUUUCUAUUAGCUGUAUACGUUGUUAUUCUAAAGAACGAGGGAAACACAUUGAUUAACUGUCAUCGACUUAUUCGAUUUUAACGAGUCUAACCAUUCGAACGAAUACGAGAGACUUCACGAAUCGAACGGUUCCAAAGAUUCGUACGAAUUGUACGAAUAUUAUAGUGGACCUCGGUACAGGUGAUGACGUCAUCAGUAAGUCAAUCUAACCAUUCGAACGGAUAUCGAAUGGUCCGUACGAUUCGUAGGAAUGGUGCGAAUAGACUAGACCUCUGUACAGGUGAUUACGUCAUCAGUAAGUUGAAUAAUGAUCAAAUUACAACGAAUAACGUAGACAGAGAGUAAAUUAACUUUUUUACCAUUCGAACGAUUCGAACGAAACCUAGCGGUGUUCACGGAUCGUUAAGAGUCGAGAGUAUUGGACAAGAUUGUUUACUCCCAUAGUAUUUGCUUUAAACCAACUUUUACCGGAUGAUGGAGUUUUGAUGUGAUUUAUGCCAAGUGAGAACGGGUUCAGGUUUAUUCAAGGCGUCUGGUCUCUUCUCGCAAUACGUUUUGUAAACUACGACUGGAUCUCUGUCGCGUGAGCUGUUUGGUAAUGCUUUACGGGUCUUAUAUUGCGAGGUUCCGCGCCUGUUCUCGUUUUUGUUUGACGCUCUGAAUAUUCCAGAUACUCCGUUCCGUCUGCUGCCGCCAUUGAAUUUAAUAUCUCCCAACACAUUUGUCUGUGCUCAUCACAACCUCGCAGACCAAAGUGCAGUGACUUAAACAACCACGGUGUGUUCAGAAGCGCCUCAGCAUUUGAAAUUCAGAGUGUUUAUCUCGUUAUCAGUCAAUGCUUGAGCAGCAUUUGGUUUGUUCCCUUUGCCUUCUUUCUCUAAUUUUUUACAUCGUGCUUGGAGAGAUUUUCGUGUUUGUUCAAAUGCAAUGUUUUCAAUAAUAUUCGCGGUAUAUUUAUGCUCCUUUAAUUGUCGAUGAAAGCUCGAUAUAAAUCCUCGAAGGCUAGAAGGUUCCUAAUCUUCGCCGUCCUUUCUUUUUACACUAUAGAUAAACUCAGAUAGAUAACCAUUUAACUCUUCAGGAGGCAAUUCUUCUGGAUUUCGUAGCUCAUUUUUUUGUCUCAAAAAGUCAAUGAGCAACCUUGCAUCUCUGUCAGUUUUGGCACGGGUGUUUUUGUUUUCUUGCUCAAGAAUGUAAUCUUCAAUAGGUUUGUCGAGCAUUUCAAACCUUUAUUCAACAUUGGACAUUGUGAAAAAAAAAACAGAAAAAGGCGGCAAACAAUAAAUACUUGGCUCCUAGCGUAAACAUUCCAGGCCUAUUUGCAGGCCGUGAGCGAAUUUGCUCGUACGUAAACACACAAUGACGCUGAUUGGACGAAACGUAUUUCGAACGUGUGAAAAAAUCGUUUCACGUUUCUGAUUGGUUGCUGUCGGUUUAGAACAAAUCUUGAAAUGGCUUUUCACAUGAAUAAAGCUAUACUUAAAUAUCAGCAUCUAUAUAAUAAAUACAAAUAUCAAAGUUUAAGAAAGGAUUAGAAAGAGUAUAAUAUAAAAAAGGGAAAGGAAAGUUAUAUAAUAUAUAGAAACUUGUGAUUUCUGGUUUUAAGGGCUGUUCUCUCUGAUAUAAAACAUGAAUUUGAAAUAUGCUCCGAAAAUAGAUCUCAGUGUUAUCACAGGGUCAUUCAGUGACAUAAGAUCACUUAAUAAUUUUCUCUUAAUAAUUUUUCUCUUCAAUGAGUUUAAACUUAAUAGUUUAAACUCAUUAGAAAUAGGCAGUAAAUAAACUUUAUUCUGGAAUUGUAUUUUUGAAGAACAUGUCAUGUGACUAAUACAUUUAAUUAACGUUAACCUUAGGCCAAACUUGCAUGUUUUGCCCGAGUAAGAAGACUGAAACCUAAUCCGGACGACCAGUCAUCAACGAUACCAAUCAAGCUUCCAAUGUCCGAUGAAUCUCUGAGAUGGUAG